AUGCAUUUAAGUGUUGUAAUCAAUGUUAAUGAUUUCAGUUAUGAAAUACCUCAAUUAACAAACUCACAUUUAAUAAUUGCAUUUGCAAAUAUGCCAAGGCAUUAUGUUAAGGUAAUUAAGCCCACAGGAUAUAGUUACUAUUAUAGUGAAGCAUAUAUUUCUGAUAUAAAUGAAAAAUAUGGAACAUGUGUUCGCGUAGAUAUGGAAAAAGAAGUUGAUGAUGAAAUAUCAGGAAUAUUCGAUGUUGAUGGCUAUCUUCCUGCAUUUAAAGAUGCUAAAAAAGUUGAACUCAUUGUUGCAAAUGAACUUAGGACACUUAAAAUCGAUUCAACACCAAUAAAAGUCUUUUAUAUUGGAAAAUGCGAACAUAUUGUUGUCAUGUCCAAUACUGAAGGAAUCAAACGCGAAGAUAACUACACAUCUGAUUCAUCAUUUCUUUCAUCAACAAAUGGUCCACAAAAUGUUUUAGUUUUCUCUCUUCCAAGUUCAGAAAUGAUGUACAAAUCCAAAUAUUCCGUGAAUAAGUUAUCUGAAUUGCAAUCAGCAUAUUAUUUUGAGUCUACUGGUACAAAUCAAUAUAUCUACUCUUACUCACCGUUUUCAAUGAAUGUAAGAUAUUAUAUAGGACCACAAAGUAAGUCUAGGAGUCAUAUUUAUUGUAAAAAUAAUAACAAUGAAUUAUUACUAUCAGAAUAUUUAAAGUAA